AUGGAGUCCAAGUACAUCGUUCGCGAACACGUCGAUGACAUUUCGCUCGAGGACGAGAACGUGAUCAAUUUGAUAAUGAUACCUCAGGCAGGUUUAGGGGCGUGGUGUUAUCACGGAAAAAAAUGGAACCAUUUGACCACGUGCUUGUUGAAAGAAAAUACGCAGAAGAGAGUGAGAUUGAUACCGAUCGAGAUGAAAGGACGAAACAGUCGGUACAACGAGACGGCUUUGGAAAGCGUAAACGAGGUGGUGGACGAGAUGAUGGCGGAGUUGAAGCCGCUGUUUUCGAAGGAGUUGUCGAAGCAGAGGUACGUUUUGUUCGGUUUUUCGUUGGGCGCAUGGAUUGCGUUUGAGUUAGGGAGACGUCUCGAAAGAGACGACGCGUGCGCGAAUCCGAGCUUGGUCGCGUGUUGCGGGAAUCGUCCGAACCAUUUGUGUUCGGAAUAUUACGAUCCAGAUAUCAUAGCACCGCGAAUUGCGCAAAUUACAGAUGCAAAACUGUUUUGGAAGGCGUUCGAGAGAAGAUACGGAUCUAAUCCGGAGAUGACCGAGGAUAUGAAGACGAGGAUUUUACCGAACAUUCGAUCGGAUUUCGUUCAAGUCGAAACGUACGAUUACAAAGUAACGACGGAGAAAUACGACUUGAACGAGCGAUUGGAGUCGCCAAUGCUAUGCGUGGCCGCGAAAAACGAUAAGAGAUACCACGCGAUGGAUUUUGAACGUUGGCCUGAAUUGUGCUCGAACAACGGCAAAUUUAGGUGCGCGAAGAAAUGGAUUCGAGGCGUCGACCCGAAUUUGUACACGGACGAAGACGUUGAGGGAACAGGAAUCGCUAAAGAGUACUGGGGUACGCCGCAUAGGCUCAUCGUCGAUUAUCCGGAUGAACUCAUCGCCGAAUUACAAAACGCCUUGCGCGAGAUCUUUUGA